AUGGAGAAUCCAAGCAUGUUUCUAAGCUCGCCAGCACGCCGGUUUGGCACCUCUGACCAAUUUCACGGUCACUUCGCGCAGAACCCUGUCCCCGAACGGCCGGCUUACGCACAUCAGAUUGAGGAAUCUAGGCGAGAGGAGGAGAUGAAGCGUAUGCGGCGAGCGGAGAUGAAGAAACCGUCAAUCACCCGAUCGGUAAUGGAAGCCUUAAGACGGCCUGUCACUCCCAAGAAGGACAGCAGACCGGGUCUCAAGAGAAGCCUGACACAUUCGGGAGUGCGGAACGAUCGCAGCCUCAAACUCCAGACUCAUGCCAACCGUCCAGGACGCAACUCUCCCGUACCUUUUGACUACAACCGGCAGCGAUCAGGGCGCUCAUCUCCUCUCAAGCUGAAUGCGGACCCCAUAUUGCGAAUUCUCACCAGCAGUCGCAAUGCCAAGCGACCGUCUCUGUCGCUGGCAAUUGACGAAAAUGGCGUAGCCAAGACAGUCAUGACUGAAAAUGCUGUAGAUAUGGACAUUGAUGAACCAUCCGACAGCGGCGCCGAGUCCUUUGACGACGAAGACUUUAACAUCCUCCACAGCCAAUCGGACAGGCUAUAUGGUCAUUCAAAGACCAGUUCCCGUUCUACCAUGGCCUCGGUCAGCUCUGCGAGACAGUCAUCUUAUCAAGGCUCUGCCUCUAGUGUUUCGAUUACCAGAGGAACCGAUGGAUAUCAUGGUCGAAAGCAACGACCCGUUCUUGGAUCUACUAUUGAAGGCGACGUAUUAAUGGAGGAAGAGCCGAGUGGCGAUGCCCAACAUGCAUUGCGUGCCAUAAUCCAAGAUCGCUCUCGAUCCGCAUCGGCACAAGGGGACAGCCAUAAUCCAAACCAGUUGCAUUCUUCUCCUCCCUUGCAGCAAAGCCAAUAUGCCCUGUAUAACGCGUCGCCAACAACAAUUACAGAUCCAGAUUUAGCGACCCCGAGCACUGACAGGGAAAGCUUGGCAAGCAACGUGAGCAUACGGUGCCUGUGCAAGUCUUCCGUGCUUGACGGGUUGAUGCCCAUGAUCCAAUGCGAUUCGUGUACGAAGUGGCUGCACACUUCCUGCGCGGGCAUCGACCAUCGACGGAGGCCCGAACCCUAUGUUUGCGCCUUCUGCACACAAACCCCGGUGCGCCCGGGCCACAGCUCGCUGCGACCGUCGGCUCUGCCAUCAACGGCAAGCCCGCUGGCACACAAGGCCAAGCGUCACCGGUGA